UUUCAGGACUUAUCACUCAAACUUGCCAAGUUCCCUCCGGGCCGUGCUGGCUCCCGUCCGGACUGCCCGAUGAACUGUGAAAAAGAAUCACAAAUGACUAUCGCCAGUCAGUCUAUCGAAGAUUUCAAAGAAUGUCUGUAUCAGAUGCAAGAAGCACGGAAAUCAGUGACGAAUGAAAUUCUCGAAACAGGACAUAUCAAAGCCGACCAAGUUCAAAUAUUUAAAAGUACGCUAGAGGAAAUGAAUGACGAGCGAACGUCAAAAAACCACAUCAGAGACAUUCACUCAAGAGGAACCACAUUUGGCAUCAACAUUCAAGACGAAAUUAAAGGAUUGCAGAAAGACCAUCAUUUUUUGGAUGCAUUCGCGGUGGAAAGUGACAAAGAGAACAACUCAUUUGCAAAUGUUCUAAAACUUUGCGAUCUACCUGGACUGUUGUCUAAAUUUGUGGACGAUGAAAUUCGGUUCGAGAAAGAGGUCGCCGAGUGUAAAGCGUUUCUGAUGGAUCUCAUUGAUACGAGCACCACCGGAGGGAUUAAACCACUGUUUAUCACUGAUUGGGAUGGAACUAUGAAGGAUUAUUGCUCACAGUAUGCAACAAAUUUGCAGCCGGCCUACAGCGCUAUCGUAAUGGGUGUCUUCUCUCGUCUCUUCACCCGAGCAUUUGCCGUCCUAACCGCAGGGCCUCUCCGCCAUCCUGGAAUCCUAGACCUCACCGCACUCCCCAUCAACGGGCCGGUAUUAUUCAGUGGAUCUUGGGGACGCGAAUGGUGGCUUGGCGGCCGACGAAUAGUGCAUGAUGAUGGAAUUCCUGAGGAAGGAAGUGUUGCAAUUGGGCAGCUCUGUGAACAACUGGAUGAGAUACUUCAUGAAGGGGAAUUUGUGCAAUUCGCGUUGGUUGGAAGUGGUGUACAGAGGAAAGUCGAUCGUCUUACCCUAGGAGUUCAAACGGUUUUCAAGCAAGUUCCAGAAGACCUCUCAGCUAGAUACAUUGAUGCAGUUCGUGAACGAAUCCAUCGAGUUGAUCCCAACAGUCAAUAUUUAGUAUUAGAAAAUUGUUCACCGUUAGAAAUUGAAGUAUGCGUUCAUUCGUCAGGAGCUGUUUGGAACAAGGGAGAUGGAGUUGCUGCUUUAGUGGAAUCACUCCACGACUCGUUGAAGGUUGGAAAAGUUUGUGUCGCAGGGGACACCGCGAGUGAUGUUCCGAUGUUGAAAAAAGCAGCAGACGAGAAUCCAGAGAACGUUCGAGCCUUGUUUGUCAAUAUCAACAAGCAGCUUCAAGAGAACAUCACAAAUAUUGUUGGAGACGCCAAACGAGUCUGCUUCAUCUCUUCACCAGAUGUUGCUCACGCUGCGUUCGCCCAAAUUAUUUCAGAGUUCUCUGGAUGAAAAAUGAAAUUGGAUUGUUUCCCAACCAUUAACUAUUAAAUAUUAGAGUGGUAGAGAGGUAGAGAACAACGACAACUUGUUGUUUCUCAAAUGUUCAACCACCCAUCGUAACUUGCAAUCAAUGACCGCUGGUCAAUGGUCAGCAAAGGCGACGAAACCUGUCUCUCUCUCUCGUUUUCUCUACGACCUCUGCUCUCUCUCACUGUUCCUCUUCUCAGUUUCUGCCACGUGACGUUUUUUUUUUCUGAUAUUCCAUUUUUCGUUCUUCCCUCAAACUUCAAUUGAUUAGAACUGUAAAAAUACCAAAUAAUUCAGUUAUUGUUUUAUAGAAAUCGGUUUUAUUAGCAUGUUUUUAUUGUACCCUCAUUCACCAAAAAUUCCUCAUAUUCGAAUAAUUGUUUAAUAAAACUAGUCGGGUUUUGCUUUCUUUUUCCCCCCUGAUUCAGUCCACUUUUCAAUGUGUUUGUGAACUUCGUAGUUUUUUUUGUUUCAAUUUUUUUUCAAAAUUCAAUUUCUAAAAAAGAUAUUUUAUUUUUCAAAGUAUUGUUUGUUUUUCGGCAA